AUGGGCUCCAUCAGUGAAGCAAAUGCAGAAUUUUGUUUUGAUGUAUUCAAAGAGCUGAAAGUCCAACAUGCCAACGACAACAUCUUUUAUUGCCCCCUGAGCAUGAUUGCAGCCUUGGCCAUGGUGUAUCUGGGAGCAAGAGGCAACACUCAAUCUCAGAUGGAGAAGGUUCUUCACUUUGACAAAAUUGCAGGACUUGGAGGUAGUAUCCAGACCAAGAUACAGAAAUCUAAGUGUGGCAAAUCUGUGAAUAUCCACAUGCUGUUUAAAGAAAUUCUCUCUGACAUCACUGCACCGAAAGCCAAUUAUUCACUCCACAUUGCCAACAGACUCUAUGCUGAAAAGACAAGUCCAAUCCUACCGAUCUACAUAAAAUGUGUGAGGAAACUGUACAGAGCAGGUCUGGAAACUGUCAACUUCAAAACAGCAUCAGAUCAAGCCAGACAGCGCAUUAAUUCCUGGGUGAAAAAUCAGACAAGCGGACGUAUCCAAGAUCUCCUUGAACCAAGCUCUGUUAAUCUCCAUACUGUGCUGGUCCUUGUGAAUGCCAUUUACUUCAAAGGGAUAUGGAAGGCAGCAUUUAAGGAAGAAGACACUCAGGAAGUGCCCUUCAGUGUGACAAAGCAAGAAAGCAAACCUGUGCAAAUGAUGUGUCAGAACAGUACAUUCAAAGUGGCAAGAGUGGCUGCAGAGAAAAUUAAGAUCCUGGAGCUUCCAUAUGCCAGUGGAGAGCUGAGCCUGUUGGUGCUGUUGCCUGAUGACAUCUCUGGCCUGGAGCAGCUUGAGAACAAAAUCAGCUUUGAAAAACUUACAGAGUGGACCAGUUAUGACAUGAUGAAAAAGAAGAGAGUGAAAGUGUACCUCCCACGCAUGAAGAUUGAGGAAAAAUAUAACCUCACAUCUGUCUUAACAGCCUUGGGUAUGACUGACCUGUUCAGCCCUUCGGCCAAUCUCUCUGGCAUCUCUUCAGCAGAGACCCUGAAGAUAUCUCAGGCCAUCCAUAAGGUGUACAUGGAAGUCACUGAAGAGGGCACUGAGGUGGCUGGCUCAGCAGACGUGUCGGGGGAAAUAGAAGAUUCCUCUGAGUCUGAAGAGUUUAGGGCUGACCACCCAUUCCUUUUCUUGAUCAAACACAAUCCAAGCAACAUGAUCCUCUUCUUUGGUAGAUAUUGUUCACCCUAA